AUGACCGAGUUCGGUAAAUAUUCAGCAUUUGACGUGAACAAAGGCGCAAGAAGUUUAGAACAACAAUAUUUGGAAGUUACAAAAUCCAAGCCACGUUUUGGUUAUCAACAUACGCCCUUUUCUAAACAACAACUACAAUACACGCAAAUUAUUACUGACAUACUGCAUAUGAAAUUAAGAAUAACCGAUAUAUUACUGGCAGAAAUAAUAUCAUUAAUUAGUGUAACAAAUACAAUAGCUGAACGACCACAACAUUUACAAAAUGUCAUGAUUUUUUUGGAACAACGUGCAAAAGACAGUCGGGCAAGUUUGCAAUAA